UUUUCUUCUCUCCUACAAAACCCUCCCGCCCACGCCUCCAACAAACGUCCACCGCCCUGCGCAUCCCCUAAACCGCACCCUAGCCUUUGCCUCUUUCACAAACUACAGCCACCUAGCCUCCUUCUCAGAUUGCUCAAGAACCGGAAAGUGAAAGCGGGGGAGAAAUUUGAUUUCAAGUUCUCCAACCUCAAGGCAGUCCAAGGAAACUAAGACUUAGAAAUCAUUAUUUGGUUGUACUUGCACAUCAGUUUCUCGCUCUCUUAUUGAUUGCAAUGUCAUCCCUAAGGAAUGCGGUUCCUAGACGGCCUUACAAGGAGCGAGCUCAACCGCAAUCUCGGAAAAAAUUUGGACUUCUUGAGAAACACAAAGAUUAUAUUCAGCGUGCUAAGGCUUUUCAUAAGAAGGAAGAUACUUUACGGAAACUUAAAGAGAAAGCAGCCUUCAAGAAUCCAGAUGAAUUUUACUUUAAGAUGAUUAGGACGAGAACAGUUGAUGGAGUCCAUAAACCAGAGAGUCAUGUUAAUAAGUAUACUGCAGAGCAACUCAUGCUGAUGAAGACCCAAGAUGCAGGUUAUAUACUUCAGAAGAUGCAGAGUGAGAAAAAGAAAAUUGAAAAACUGACAGCAACGUUGCAUUCUCUUGACAAUCAGCCAUCAAAUAAGCAUCUUUACUUUGCUGAAGACAGGGAGGAAGCCAAUGAAAUUUUAUCUCGUUCUUCUAAAGGAUUGGUGGCAUCAUCUGAGGCAGUUCCUGAUAGUAUUAGAAGGAAAACCAUUUCUUCGUACAAAGAAUUGGAGGCAAGGAGGAGUAGAGUAAAUGAACUAGAGAAACUUUAUAUGGAUAUGACACUACAACAAGAAUUAAGGAAAAAGGGUCGCAAACGUAAACUCCGAGAAGAUGAACUUUCCAAUCCAACUUUGAAACCUGUAUAUAAGUGGCGGGCAGAACGAAAGCGCUAAAAGUCCCUUGCCCAAGCAUAGUUUGCAAGAUGUAUUUGCAAUUUCCAAGGAAACUGAAUGAAGCAUUGUUUGUUUACCAUACAAAUGCCUUGAAAGUUGGCUGAAAUCACAAGGACCUAAAAUUUUGUUUUCACAGCUAAUGAGUUAAAACCAUGCUGUGUUUCUUCUGGAACGAAGAAUGUAAUCAAUUUUUUGUUGCUGAUAUUUACUGUGGAAUAUAGUUUAAAACGGGUGGAUAAAUCGAACUUGGGCUUUAGAUGUUGUAAUGUUGUAGUUUUACGUUCUAAUUUGGAUCCUGGGUUUCAAGAUUUAUUCUUUUAGCUGAGGUUUGAAAUUCCGUUGUCUA